AUGUCUCCGGCUUCGCAGAACUCCGCCGCCGUCCAAUGGGCUGAUCUUCUGCCGGAGCUGUGCGACCUCGUCGUCGACCGCCUCGACGCCUUCGGCGUCCUCAGCUUCCCUGCCACCUGCACGUCCUGGGCCGCCGUGUGCAAGGAGUCUCCUCGCCUGCGGUCGGGCGCCCCAACGAUGGUCACGUCUGGCCUGGACGAGUAUGGUAACGCCUACAACAUUUUCUACUACGAUGCGGGCAUCUUCGCUGUCCACGACGUGUCCACCGGCAAGACCUUCCGCGCCGAGGCUGACGGGCUGAGGGGCAGGUGCUGGAUUGGUGGCAAGGACGACUGGCUCGUGACCACAGACGAUGAGUGCAACGCCGAGUUACUGAAUCCCAUCACCGGAGCCCGGGUCGGCCUGCCCUCCUUCGCCACCAUCCCAGGAGUCGAAGUGGAGGGCAGAUUUCACCUCCAUGUCCCACACGAAUUGCACUCUUGCCAAAUCCAGCGGGUCGUUUUAUGCCAAACGCCUUCACACCGGAAGGGCUACCUGGCUGUCGCUCUAUUCUCUCCGAAUUUCCUAGCGUUCACGGCGGCUGGAGAUGAGUGUUGGACAGCGUUGAAGAACCCCACAGGAGGACGGCUCAGGUAUACGGACUGUAUUGUCCACGAGGGAAAGGUGGUCGCUGUGAGCGAAAAUGGAGACAUCUUUUUCUGGGAGAUGGACGGCAAAACUACAGAUCCCGUGGUGCAACGGGGACCAGAGAUUCAGAUAAGCUACCCGCUGGAGUGCAGGUUCAACUUGGCCACGUCGAUCGGCGGCCAGAUCAUAUUGGUUUGCAUGUACGGCCAAAGUAUCUGGGACAGGCGCAUCAUCAUGAGCAGGAUGGUCUACAACGAACAGGGCAUCUUCCACGCGCGGCGCAUUUCACUUCACGAGCUUGAUGCCUACAACCGCACGUGGCGGCACGUCUCUGGCCUCGGUGGCGAGCGCUCGCUCUUCUUGGGGGCGAGCUACCCGUUCUACGUCACCGUGCCGCCAGGGUCUAAAGAUCUCAAGGCAAACUGCGUCUACGUCGCGGACAUGACAAGCUGUGACGCGGCCGUCUUUGAUCUGGAGCGGGGAGGGGACUACAGCUUUGAGCCGCUCGUGUAUCCCGGAGACUCUACCGCGUUGCAGACGCCGAUGUGGUUUCGGCCAACUGCCUAUUACUUGGAAAGAUAA